AUGAGUACCAAUCGAGAAGCACGACGCGAGAACUUCUCAGUUGAGAAGGAGACUACGAUGCAUCUUGAAUACCAGCCUGGACACAUGCUAUCUAGCGACGAUGAAAACUUUCUGGCCGAGUAUUCGGUUGAAGCGAAGAACAGGGUUCUGAGAAAGAUAGAGGGCCUCCUCCCAAGCCUGGGAAUGACUGGAGAGCAGUAUAACAUCGCCCUAGCUAUUUUCUUCGUGCCGUUCAUUCUUGCCGAGGUGCCGAGCAAUAUUGUCUUGAACCGAUUCAAGAGACCGUCUACCUACCUGGGAGCUCUCAUGUUCAUCUGGGGGGUGACCAUGACCUGCACUGGCUUCAUCCACAACUUUGGCAGCUUGGUUGCUAUCCGGUUCUUGCUUGGACUAUUUGAAGCAGGUUUCCUUCCUGGUGCGGUCCUCAUCAUCUCCAAAUGGUAUCUCCCAAACGAGACUCAGACUCGGAUUGCUAUUUUGUAUACAUCUGCUGCGUCGGGUGGUGCGUUUUCCGGGCUUCUUGCCUUUGGCAUUGCGAAAUUGGACGGUGUUGCCGGGUAUGAAGGGUGGCGCUGGAUAUUUAUUCUCGAGGGUCUCUCCACCAUUUGCCUGGCCGUUGGUUGUUACUUUCUGUUGCUUGACUCGCCGAGUCUGUCUUCGGGUUGGCUCACGCCUGAUGAAAUCCGCUUUCUGGAGGUCCGGCAAGUUGCAAGUAACAUCCAAGGAUCACGUACCAAAGGCUUGGACUGGGGCGCUCUCAUAGGCGUUCUCACUGACUGGAAGAUCUAUCUGCUUAUCUUCGGAAGCUGGUCGAAUGCUGUCCCCAAUUACGCGCUCAAGUUCACAAUGCCUCAAAUCAUUAAAGGCAUGGGAUUUACGUCCGCCAACGCACAGCUUAUGACCAUUCCUCCAUAUGCAGUCGGCGCGAUGUCCGCUUAUCUGUUUUCCGUGUUUGCUGACCGGUAUACGUGGCGAAUGCCCUUUAUCGUCGCACCGCAAAUCUGUCAGAUCGUAGCAUUCACGAUCCUCUUCACAAAGUCGGCCCACAUUGAAGACAACAUUGCUCUGUGUUAUUUCGGUGUUUGCCUCGCCUGUUUUGGAAUGUACCCCAUCCUCCCGGGUGUCAACGCCUGGAACGUAUCAAACAUUCCGAACCCGACUAAGCGAGCAAUGGGCAUUGGAUAUCUCAUUUGCGCAGGUAAUGCGGGCGGACUUAUUGGCAGUUUCAUUUACAAGCAAAAUGAGGCGCCCCGGUACGUGACGGGCUAUGGAAACUCCCUUGCGUUCGUCUCAACCGGUAUUGUUGCCUGUCUGGUUCUGGAAUGCAUCCUCUACUACUUGAAUCAGAAAAAGGCACAACUGAGUGCGACAGAGGUUCAUGCGCGAUACACAGAUGAGCAGUUGCGAGAACUUGGGGAGAAGAGUCCACUGUUCCAGUAUAAGUUAUGA